AAGGUGACUGGUAGGCUGGGGUGUGUGGUUUUGUAAGCUUGAAAGAUCUGUUUCAUAGAUUGUGUGUGAGAAGUUAAGAAGUGUAGACAAUGAGUGAAACUGAAAAAAAGAGGCCCAUCAUCGCUGGCAGAGAAAAAGGGCCUGGGCCAGGUCGCUAUGCCCUACCAUCAACCAUUGGCUUUGUAGGCCACGACUUCACCAAAGCAACAAGUCCUGCUUACACCUUCCAUGGCAAGAUGAGCGAGAACAUGUAUAACAUAGAUUCCAGUCCAGGGCCUCGGUACAACAUUGAUGCAAAAGUCACUCGAUUUGGUAGAGAUGGCAGCCCUGCCUACUCCAUUUAUGGCAGAACGCCAGGUCCAAAGGAAAUGUUCCAAACUCCAGGACCAGGUGCAUACAACCCAGAAAUUGCCCCUGUAUGCAGCACCCAACGGAAACCCCCAUCCUACACCAUGGGCUACCGUACACCCUAUUGCUCUGGGGACACUGUGCCAGCUCCAAAUAAGUACACCCUUCCAGCUCUUAUGGGCUCCAGUGUGCUUACCAAACCUGCAAGUGCCAGCUAUACAAUCUCUGGGAGGUUUAAAUUUGGGAGUUACGCAGAAGACCUGUCAAACACUCCAGGCCCAGGUAGAUACAACCGGCCAGAUCCCAACGUCUACCUUCCACGCCAGCCAGCGUUCUCAAUGCUGGGUAGACAUGAUGGUAAACCUAGUGAGACUAUGCCGAGGCCUGGACCUGGAAGUCAUAACCCAGAGAAUGUAACUACACACAAGCCUCGAGCACCUGCUUUCACUUUAGGUAUCAGGCACUCUGACUUUGUAACCCCAUUAGUUGUGCACCUACUAGACUGACUUUACCUCAUUAACUAAGACUUUUUGAAGAGGUGAGGUGUUGUAUUAUAACAGCAUAUUUUGUCUUUCAUUGUUAAAUAAUUAAAACAUUAGAAAUAAAAAAACAGUAGA